AUGACUUCAAAUAUAGCCGAAUCUAUGAAUGCAGCUAUCAAAGCAGCUAGGGAGUUACCAGUAGCGACACUUCUUGAAUAUUUGAGAUUCUUGACGCAAAAAUGGACUUACACGAAUAGAAAUGCUGCAAUCUGUACAAUGACUAAGUUGACAAGCAAAGCAGAAAAUAAUCUCAGAGAUAACUAUGCAAUUUCUUUGAGAAUGAAGGCUUCAACAUCAGUUACUAAUGUGCAUGAUGUGCAAGAUGGUGAAAAGACAUUUAUAGUGAAACUGAGAGAAAAGAACUGUACAUGUGGCAGAUUUCAAAUUGAUGAGAUGCCAUGUCCACAUACACUUGCAAUAUUAUCCUCACUACACCUAGAUCCUUAUCAAUACUGCUCUAAAUUCUUCACCAAAGAGAAUCUGCUUGCAAUGUAUGAUGGAGUUGUGUAUCCAAUGCCAAGUCAAAACAAUUGGGAUAUACCUACUGAAAUUGAAAGGAUUGAAAUACUUCCACCAAUAGGAAAGAUACCAGCUGAAAGACCAAAAAAAAAAAGAAUAAAUGGACCAUUGGAGACAAUUAAUCCAAGUAAGUGUGGAAGAUGUGAUCAAAGAGGACAUAACCGAAAGACAUGUCGAAAUCUACCAAAGUAG